CUGUACGCGCGCGCCGCCGCGGAAAACACCUGUCACGAAUCGUGAUAUUAUUAUUAUUACGUAAAUAGUACCGUGAUAAACUGGUAUUAUCAUCGUUGCAUUAUUGUUAUUAUCACCGUCGUCGCGCUCCGGGGACGCCACUUCCACCGCCGCCGAGCACACCGAUACCGACUCGAUUACGCGCGGAGACGGACGUAAACUUAUCGCUCGGUUUCGAGAUCGCCGGUCCCCGCGUACCCGAUGACUCGUGUCCGCCGCCGCGGCUUUAAUCGCUCUGCCCCACCGUCGUCGCCGGCGCUCUGUACUUGUCGGAUUCAUUAUACACCGCGGUAAAAUGCCCGUCGUCGCCGCCGCUGUUCGCGAAUCGAUUGAUGUGUCACCGCCACCGCCGCCACCGCCGCCGCCGACGUCGUCGUCGUCAGUCCGCUCGUCCGAUCUUCUCUGUCACUCAUGCGAACCGACCGAUUAAGACCCCGCCGCACUUCCGUUCGCUGCAGCUGACGUCGUCCUCGGUGUUUUUUAGUCGAAAUCGUUUAUUGUGCACCUACCCCUUCUCAGACGAGACUGUUUAAUAUUAUUGUCACUGUAUCACGGACGGCGGACCGUUAGUAGUAAUGCCACUUGCCGGUCUCGGAGAUUCGGUCGAUCCUUGGAAACGGGUCUCGCUGCAAACCGAACCCCCCCACGUAAGUGAUGCGAUACGUGCUAUACUAUUAUGUUAUUAUCGCCACUCGGUUGACGUCGCGUGUUGUGUCUGUCUGUGUCCGUCUCGCGGCGCCUCUGGGGCAAAUCGUCCGUUGAAAAACGCCUCAUGUAGUUAGUGUCUAACACCCGGUAUAACUCGUUUGACUCGAAGAAACCAAAAACCGAUGUGCGCGAUAUUCUGUCGGGUAAAAAUUAAAGUAAUCCGCUGACCGGAUGUUAUCGAAUUAAUACGGAUUAAUUAUUUCCGCGUAGUUUCCAUUGGCCCCUAUCUAUAAAUAAUUAAUAAUGUGAAAAUCGUACUCUUAUUAGGUACCCAUAAUAGAUAUAUUUUUAAAAAGUCCAAAAUUCUCGAGGUUUGACAAAAAUACCUAGGUACAUUAUUUAUUUAUUGUUUAUUAUAUAACAACAGUUGCAAAUUGAGAAAUUUAAAUAUUAUCAUACUUAUUUACUUGCACAAUAUUAUUUACCUCAUAGAUUUGUAUUCAUAUAGGUAUCUCGUUAUAAUAUUAUGCCAAUUAUGUAACUGUCGUGAAUUUCAUUCAAUCAAGAAACCCAGUAUCUUUUAUUUUACACCGUGGUGUCUUGGUAUUGCCUUGGUAGAUGGCGAAGUAUUAAUUUAAUAUUUUGUUUACUUCUCAACCCGUUGUUGGUCCAUUCGUCAAUUAUUAUUGCCUAUAUUAUAUUAUUAUUUGGAAUUAAAGUCCGUAGAUAUCAGGUACUAACAUGCUCAAUUUAUCACUAGGUAUUUAUUUUACAGAUACCUAUCCAUGAAACCGAGAACCAAACCUACUCAUAAAAUGUGUGUAGGUAAUGUUAUCGCUUUGAUAAUAUUGUUUUUCUGUACAUCGAAUUACAGUCAAGAUAAUUUAAAAAAUAUUCGUUCUUUUAGAAAAUGUUGCAUUUAUAAUUUUGAGAAGUUUGAGAAAUAUUUAAUUUGUAUUCACUUUUACCUUAUUUGUUGAAAAAAACAAUGUAUUGUUAGAUUUUUAUGGUUGGCUAUCUCAAAACAAUACGUUCAAUAUGUUUUUCUUGUCUCUUGCUGAUUAUAAUUACUAAGAAAUGUGUGAAUAAACUUGAACAAAUAAUCAUUCACUUAACAGAUUAAUAUAUUCUUGUUUAUGUACAUUGUACACUUGCCUGAUUUAUGUUCGAUAUUAUUGUGUAAUGUUAUUAAUUUCGUAAUUAAUUAUACACUUAUACAUGUCUAAUGUGUAUUUUUUUUUAACAUUAAAUUAUUUACUAUUAUUGUCAAAUGAUAAAUAAUUUGUUUCCAGUACCUAUAAUAAGAAAAUAUCAUGGAUUAGAUAUGUGUCAUAAUUAUAAUGGCUUCUUUGAUAAUUGCUAUUAGGUGGUUUCUUAAUCUUUCAAAGUAGUUUCUAUCUAAAUAUAUAUACACAGGACACUUUAACAGGCUUUGACAUUAGUCGCAUGCUUAAUUUGUCUUGCUACUCAAUAAGCAUUUUUUCUCAAUUAUUUGUCCAUAAUUAUUUUGUUUUUAAAAUUCCUGUUACCAAAACUUUUUAUUUAUUUAACUUUUUUUUUAGUGAAUAUUGUCGUUUAUUGUUUUAGAAUCUAGUGAACACUAACACUAUGGUUGUCGGUACUUCAAAAUCAAAACCAAUACCAUUCAGUAAUAAGUCCAAUUCCUCGAGUUUCCACAGUAGGAUAGGCAUUAGACGGGACAAUAAUGAAGAUGAAAUUGUUGAAGAAUUAGAAGAUGAUCAAGAUGAUAAUCAUAAUGAUUCUGAUGAGAAUAGCGGUCAUGAAAUUGAACUCAAAGAACUCAUAAAAGAGGGUCAUGAGAGAGCAGAUCGGUCUCAAUUUGAACUAUUAAAAGUUCUCGGACAAGGAUCGUUUGGAAAGGUUUGUUUCUAGUUUUAUUAAAAUACAUUAAAAAAAUGUUUAAAUUGUUUUUUUUAUUUUAGGUUUUUUUGGUUCGAAAAAUUGUUGGCCCAGAUAAUGGUACACUUUAUGCAAUGAAAGUUUUAAAAAAAGCAACUCUUAAAGGUAAUUAUUAUUUAAACUAUUUAAUAUUUACUAUAUAAUAUACCUAAUUAAUACAAAUAUAAUUAUUUUAGUGAGGGAUAGAAUAAGAACGAAAAUGGAGCGUAAUAUAUUAGUUGAUGUUCGACAUCCAUUCAUAGUCCGAUUACACUAUGCUUUUCAGACUGAAGGUAAACUUUACCUUAUAUUGGAUUUUUUACGCGGUGGAGAUCUUUUUACAAGACUUUCAAAAGAGGUUUGUUUUGUUUUACUCUUAUAUAUUAUACUACUAAUAUACAUUAUACAUUACUAAUUUCCAUCAACCUUUCAAAUCAACACAUAAGCUUUAAAUGCUUGUAAGGUAGCUCCUAAAGUUACCAAACUACAAAUUAAUGUAUAAUGUUUAUUGUAAGAGGAAAAGUUGGUAUUUUGACUUAUGAAGUGCAAUUAUUAUGUUUUAGGUUAUGUUUACAGAAGAAGAUGUUAAAUUUUAUUUAGCAGAGUUGGCUUUAGCUCUUGAUCACAUACAUAGCCUUGGAAUUAUCUAUAGAGAUUUGAAACCUGAAAAGUAAAUGUUAAAAAAUGUCUAGACUUAUCUAGCUGGUUAUGGAUUAAACAUUAAAAAUUUAUUUACUGUAUUUUAUUUUAGCAUAUUACUAGAUGCUGAUGGUCAUAUAUCAUUAACUGAUUUUGGUCUUAGUAAAUUACCAUUAGAUGAUCAAAAAGCAUAUUCUUUCUGUGGAACCGUUGAAUAUAUGGCCCCAGAAGUAGUAAACCGUAAAGGUCAUUCUUUUGUAGCCGAUUGGUGGUCAUUCGGAGUAUUGAUGGUAAAUUGUGCAAUAAUUAUCAUAGACAAACCCAAAAAUAUCAUUUUGUCUAUUGACUAGUAUGAAAUGUUGACUGGAUCAUUGCCUUUCCAAGGAGCAAAUCGCAAAGAAACAAUGUCUCAAAUAUUACGCGCCAAACUUGGUAUGCCACAAUUUUUGUCACAUGAAGCUCAAGCCUUAUUACGUGUGCUUUUCAAAAGAAACCCUACUAACCGCCUAGGAGCUAGUGAGUAAAAAAAGAAACCUGUUAAUUUUAUUGACAUUUAUUAAAACAUUAUUACCUUUUAUCCAGCUGGUAUUCAAGAACUUAAAGAUCAUGCAUUUUUUGUGUCUAUUAAUUGGGAUCAACUUUAUCAUAAAGAAAUUCAUCCACCAUUCAAGCCAGCUGUUAGCAGAGCCGAUGAUGCAUUUUAUUUUGACAGUGAAUUCACUUCUAAAUCUCCUAAAGGUUUAAAUUGAAAUUAAUUAUUCUUAAAUGGCUCAAAAAUAUAAUCGCAUCAUUUUAGAUUCUCCAUGUGUCCCACCGAGUGCUAAUGCUCACGAGCUAUUCCGAGGAUUCAGUUUUGUUGCUCCUUGUUUAAUUGAUGAGGAAGGUAUAGUCAAUGUACAACCAUCACACAUGCCAACUAAACCAACUGAAUCGUAUUCAAAGGUAAUUGUUAAUUUUUAUUUUUGUGUAUUAAAUACAUUACAGACAAUUUUAAUUUAUUUUACUAUCUAGUUACCUUACGCUAAAAGAAAUGCUGCUGAUGAAUACGAUUUUAAACAUGAAAUUGGUCAUGGUAGUUAUUCUUCUUGCAGAUUAUGUGUUCAUAAAACUACCCAUAUUGAGUAUGCAGUUAAGGUGAGUUCAUUCAUUGCUGUCAUAUGUUGAUAGUUUUUUCAUUAACCUAUAAUUUAAUUCUCUUAUUUUCUAGAUAAUUGAUAAAUUCAAAAAAGACUGCCAAGAAGAAGUAGAAAUACUUCUACGCUAUGGACAUCACAACAAUAUAGUAACAUUAAGAGAUGUUAGUUUAAACAAUUAUUAAUUAUUAAUUUGUUGGAUUUAUUUAUUUAUUAAGUACUCAUUAUUUUUAUUAUUAUUAUGAACAGGUUUAUGAAGAUGAUAAAUCUGUCUAUUUAGUGAUGGAAUACAUGAGAGGUGGUGAAUUACUCGACAGACUUUAUAAAUUGAAAUAUUUUUCAGAAAGAGAAACCAGUGCCAUAAUACAAGUUGUCGCCUCAACUGUAUGUUAUUUACAUAAAAAUGGAGUAAGUUAUUGUUUGUUAUUUUGUGUCUACAUAUAGCUAUAUAGUGAAGACUAAAAAAAUGGCUUUAAAUUAUUUACUAGGUUGUACAUAGAGAUUUAAAACCAUCAAACAUUCUUUAUGCCACUGAUAGUGCUACGCCUGACGCUUUAAGAAUAUGUGAUUUUGGUUUUGCCAAACAGUUACGCGCCGAGAACGGUCUUUUGAUGACACCUUGUUACACUGCUAACUUUGUAGCUCCCGAGGUACUGAAAAGACAAGGUUAUGAUGCUGCUUGUGAUAUCUGGUCAUUGGGCAUACUACUGUAUACAUUACUAGCUGGGUAAAUCUCAUUGAAUCAUUAUUGUAGUGAACUUGAUCAAAUUACUAAUUUUUAUACUUUCCUCACAGACGUACUCCAUUUGCUAGUGGUCCUGAAGAUACUCCUACUGAAAUAUUAAAUCGUAUUGGCAACAGUAAUCUAGAUCUUAAAUCUGGCAAUUGGUCAGUAGUGUCAACUGAAGCUAAAGUAAUAAUUUGUGUUACAAACAAUUUUAUAUCCAUAUAUAUAUUAAUUUUUGAUUCUGAAUGUAGCAUUUGUACAACUAUGUUUUACUACAACAGUGAUUUUAUUUUAUUUUUUGUGUGUGAAUUAACUUCUCUACCAGAAAUCUUGCUCCAAUCAAAAAAUGAAAAGCUUUUUUGUAACAUUGUGAAUUUUGGUCAUUUUUUGAAUUUUUAAGCAUGUUUCAUAUUAGAAAGGAAAACCUGAAAAUCGUUUAAUGGUCAAACAUAAGUGGUGUUUUACAGCACUAAAAGUUUGAAUUUUGUUUUUCAAAUAUUUUUUUUUUUUCAAAAUUCAAGUUCUAUAAAAGUAUGAUGAGACUGACCAUGUUGUAUGGUUUGAGCGUUAGGCGGUACACAGAAAAAUAGAACAGAGAAUUAGUGUAGCAAAGAUGACAAUGCUUAAAUGGACUAGAGAAGAUAGAAUAAGGGAUGAGUACACAAGAAGUAGCUUAGGCAUGUUAUAGUUAGCAAAAUGAGAGAAAAAAAACAGAUGAUUUAAGUAUGUUAUGGGUAGAGAGAAAUCUGAAACAGUAAGCAUUUUAAUGGAUAAUAGACAUAAGCUGAAAUAGGCGGAAAAAAAGACUGAAAAAGAGAUAGUUAAUUGCGAUUGAGAAUUGUAUAAGGAUAGUCAGUGUAUGCCAUCUGGGAAAUAUGGUCAAAUGGACAUUUAUAACAAGGAUCAUCAAUCCCAAAUAGUUGGGAUGAACGUGAAGGAGAAUAAGAUGUAAAACCAAAAUAUUUAAAAAUUUAACACUCAGUUCAUCAUAAAUUGUAUUUGAUGAUUAAUUAAAAAAUUGAGUGUCAUGUUAUAAUUUAUAUUUAUAUGCAUUUUAAAUUUAAAUUUUGAUAUAAAUCAUACUUAUAGCAUUUCAAUACUUGUGUAAACUAGCUUGCUCAGAAUCAUAUUUCGUUAUCCUACCUUCUGAACUUCAUACUUAUCGCAGUGACACACCCUUUGGCAGUACAACUUUUUUUUUAUAUAUAUGUAUAUAUAUAUUUAAGGAUUUAGUGAAAAGAAUGUUACACAUCGAUCCCCAUCAAAGGCCAACAGCAUGUCAGAUUCUUUUAAGUCCAUGGAUAAUGAACAGAGAAAAGUUGCCAACGCAUCAGAUACAGUUGCAGGAAUCGUAUAAGAUAAAGGUUGUCAAAAUAACCAAACAUAAUAUUAUUACCUAUUAUUGUAUUUAGAAUGUCUAUUAAAUUUCCAUGAUUUGGUUUUAGGGAGCAAUGGAAGCAACUUAUCGGGCAGUAAGCCAGUCACCACCGACCCCUAACCUAGGACCGGUAGUUUUAAGUCAGCUGGCUCAAAGACGACACAAGUCUCGAACUAAAUGAUACUUACCUACUUAUUAUAGUAUACUUAAUUCCUUUUUAUUCUAUUUCUAUUAUUACAUAUUUUAUCUUACAAAUGGUAUUUCAUUUUCAAAUUUAGUAUUUUAAAUAAUUAUAUUUAUUAUAUCUUAAAUAUCUUUUUUGACUUUAAUAUCAUGUAAAUUAUUUUAUUAAUUAUUAUCUUAAGUUAAGAUUGGGUUGUUUACUGCGACACAAACUGUCCGCAAUAAAUAACACGAUAACGUUGACAAUAUAAAAUAUAAUGGACUUCAAUUAUUAUAUUAUAACAUGUAUAAAAUAUAUACACUUGGCGACAAAAGACCAGAAGAAAUCAUCAAGGCUGAAGUGAAAUUGUGAUGUUUUUGUAGUUUUUUAACGCCGAGUCUAUACAUAAUAGUACGUGCUUAUAAUAAACAGUAUUAAACAUUCCUAGUAAGAUUGUUGUGUUUAUUAAUAAUGAUUGUAUUAAUUAUUACAAAGUAUACAAUAAUGUAAUAUAUAUUUUUAUGUUUUAAAAUAUACAAAUUUGUUGAAAAUAUUA